AUGGAGGGCCACGACAAGACUACAGGGGAACAACUGCGCGCCGGGAUUGCAGAGAAUAAGCCCGCACAACCUGGGGAAGAUGGCAGCCUUGCUGCGUCCACUGCGCGCGGGGCAUCAGGAGCGGCGUCACACGGGCUGGCAGGAGACACUGAACUCCCUCUGGAUGCCACGCGCCGCGCCGGUUCCUACGGACGCCAUCCGGUGCCUCCCGAGGAGGAAGGUUUCUACAGUCCAGAUACAGAGGCGUCCGAUGGCCAGGUCCACUGCGAGAAAGGCGUGACGCAUCCCGCUGUCGCUUCGCAUUGCGGCGCGGGCCUCCCCGCUGCGGAGGCGUCUCUGCAGGCUCCUCCUCACGUCUCUCAGCCGCAGGCGUCGCCGUUUCAAAGGGGGGACGCGCCAGCAUCGUCCAUCGUGGACUCGAGGAGUCCUCUGCAAGCCCCGAUCUCGUCUGCUGCCGAUGGUGGCCCUAAUAGUCCCCCAGCGCGCCCCAACAGGCUUUCGUACAGUCCCUUCCCCUCCGUUUCUUCGUCUUGGACUUCUCUUGGGGCACCUUGUGGAGGGAGAGCUGGGGGAGAUCCGGGAGGAGGCGUGUCGCAGUGGCUGGACAUGACUUGUGCAGCAUUUGCCUCCUCUUCUUUCCCCUCUUUCGCUUUGACAAGAGUGUUGGCGCGAACUCCGUCUGCUGUCUCCUCUUCGCACGUCAACCCCGUCGACGGAAACGCCUCAGUGACACCCCAGGAUCUCCACGCAUGCGUCGGCUCCAGGCGCUGUCAGAUCGCGCUGUGUCUCGGGAAGAAACAGAGAUGCAAUCCUCUGCAGAACCUCGAUUGCCCCAUUGCGUUUGCCGUCGUCAAACUUUUGAAGGAGGGACGACGGGACAGGCCAGCGGCGGGGCCAGAGACCCAAGGGGGCGAAGACGUGACCCGCGAGAGCCUCGCAGAGGAGACACCAGGAAGUGCUAUGCAACGCAGUUCGCCGUGCCCGACUGAGACAGCCGAUGCGGCCCUCGUUAUUUUCAAAGGGAAGUUCGCCACUCUCGUCCUCAAUGGCAUCGUAACUGUCGAGGACGUUCUCGUCAUGGAGGGCCUCCGCUGCAGGCCCUUCUUUCGGCCAGGAAGAAAAGAAGACCUCUACUCGUGGGCGGCGGAGAGUCUGCACCAGCUGCGAGCGAGCCAGACCUGGGGCGGGGGCGAAGAGACAGACCCGGCGCUUCGGCGCGUGUGCGUCACCCACUACUUGACUCUUUCUGACGUCUACGACGAUGCCAAGAUCACAGUUCGUCCGUUCGCGCCAUCGUCGGCGGCGCUGCCCGCGUUUACCCUGAGUGCGCCGGAGCUGGUCACCUGCUGCGCGUUUCCGGCGUCUCUGCCUCUGCCUGACUGGCUACUCGCGCGGAAUGCCCAGGCGCCUCGCUCGAUCUUUGCGGCGCGAGUCCUCCGGAGAUCCAACGAGCUGAAGCGGGCGCGAGCCCGCGCGGCGGGCUCGCGGCCUCCUCAGGGCGAGCCUGGCGGCGGAGAAGGCGAAUGCGGAGGCCGCGAAGGCCUCGGCGGGGGGCGUCGGGAAGGAGGCGCGCAGACUGCGGCCCCGCGAGGCGCCCGCGAAGGCGCUGCGGAAGCUGAGUAUGUCUACACCGACCUCGCGAACCUGCAGGCGAACCGUGGGACGAAUCUCUACGGCGUCGUCUGGGAGGUGGCUAAAGCCUUGAUGCCGCAAGCCGGCGGGAAGAGCCAGACUGGACCGGCUGUCUUUCUGAUGAACGUCGCGAUCUUCGACGAGACCGUCAAGUUCGACCUCGGGAGAGACACCGCGCCUGGCGGCGCCUCUGAGGAGUUCAGUCUCGCGCUGAAGGCCAAAGGCUGCCCUGGAGACAUUCCCUGCAUGUCCUGCGGCGACAUCGUCAGGGUGCAUCGCGCCAACACUGGCAUGAAAUUCGAACACGACCGGAACUUCGUGAACCUGAGCAGCAUAAUCGGGGUGACUUCGGCGCGCGUCUGGCCGCUCGAAGACGCGGACAGCGACCCAUGCGCAGACAAUGGCUUUGUCGUCGGGGCAGAAGUGACGACGCACUUCACAGAAGACGACGCUUGCCGCAUCCGCGCUUUGCGCUACCACGCGCAGCAACUACUUCAAGACAACCAGCUCUUUACGACUCAGUACUACAAGCCUCUCGCUGUGCUGCAGCGCUGCAGCAGCGGCCCGCUGAUGCGCGAGGUCUACGGCGACCUCAUCGUACGACUGCGGCGCGCUCUGCGUCCGCGUCUCUAA